CGCAGCACCUGGUCCCCUGGCAGCCGGGGCGGCCCCUCCGGCGUGUCCCGUUGCCGCUUGGGUCGGGCCGCGGUGGGGGCGCAUCCCGCCUCCGCCGCCUUCAGGGGCGCCGCGUCCCGCUGGCGGCGCCUCAUGGCGCGAUGCAGCUGCAGUGGGAGGGAGAGGAAACCCACCCCCCUCGCCCGGCGGCCGCCUUUGUAACCGCCCGGCCCAGCUCGGCGCGCAGCGGCUCGGGGAGCGCCGGAGCGCGGCGGCGGGAGCAGAUGGAGCCGGAGGGUUGCCCUUGUUCUCCUUUUCAAAUCAAGUGUCACAUUGACUCCAGUCCUGUGUUGGAAGCAUGUGGAGAACUGCAGCAUAUCAGCUCAGCGCAAUGUCUCCAUCAGGCUGGAAGGAAGCCCAAAACCAAAACUGCACUGGCCAAAAUGCAUCCUCUACAGAAACCCCAAGUACCUCCUAAGCCUGUCCAUCUCAAACCUGGGCAGGAAAGAAUUCCUCCUGCACCAUCUCGGCCUUUGCCAGCUGAUCCCAAGUCAUCAAGGAACUCGGCACCUGGAGAGGAAGAAAUACCAAUAUCAGCAGGAGUCAACACGCUCAUUGAGAAAUUUGAAAAUAUUAGGCAACCUGUACAUAUUCUUCAAAGAAACCAGCUAAAUUUGGCUCUUAAAAUGGAACCUGGCCUGGACUCAUCCAAGCAGACGAGCUUGUGUGACCAUGACACAGUGGCUUCCUGUGACUCUUCCACAAAUGACAAAACUGAAUUGGAUGAAGCUGAACCAAACAUACCGUGCAGCAUGGAUCUAAUUAACACAGACAUAAUGAAAAUUAAAGAGCUGAGCAUAAGUGAUAACAAAAGCCAUGGAGACUGUACUGCUGUGACUGUGAGCAAAGAGAACCAAGAAGAGCUUGGCAAUAAAGACUCAACUGAAGAACUGAAUGGGAGUGGUAAAAUUCCCAACAGAGACAGUGGCAUUGACAGUCCUUCUUGUAGUGUGGCUGGGGAAACAUUCCCCAGUGAAGAAGGGGCAGAGCAGAAGAAGCCCAGCAUGGCUGGGAACCCAGAAGAGAUGGAACCUGAGAGAAGGGGCACCAAACCUUCCUCUGUGGAACAGAAGAGAGACUCCACACAGGAUGAUGACAGUGACAUUGAUGAAGGAAGCAGUGAGGAGCAAGAGAUAGCAGAAGUGCCAAAGUUAGAGUAUUUGGAUGUAAACAAGUGUACAGAGCCCCAAAAGCUAUUCAACAUCGCCAAUGAGCUGCUCCACACGGAAGAAGCAUAUGUUAAAAGACUCCAUCUCUUGGACCAGGUUUUUUGCACUAAAUUGUCCGAAGCAGGGAUCUCAUCUGAAGUGAUAACGGGCAUCUUCUCAAAUAUUUCUUCCAUCUAUUGUUUCCAUGGACAGUUUCUUCUUCCUGAGCUCAAAACAAGAAUUACACAAGAAUGGAGUGUCAACCCACGGCUAGGAGAUAUCCUGCAGAAACUUGCUCCUUUUCUGAAAAUGUAUGGAGAAUAUGUAAAGAACUUUGACAGGGCAAUGGACAUAGUGAACACAUGUAUGCAGCGGUCCUCUCCCUUCAAAGAUGUUGUUCAGAACAUACAGAAACAGGAGGUGUGUGGAAACCUGACUUUGCAGCAUCAUAUGCUUGAACCAGUGCAAAGGAUUCCUCGUUAUGAGCUUCUCCUGAAGGACUAUUUAAAGAAACUUCCAGAAGAAUCUCCAGACAGGAAAGAUGCUGAAAAGUCACUGGAGCUGAUAUCGACAGCAGCAAACCAUUCCAAUGCAGCCAUCCGGAAGAUGGAAAAGAUGCACAAGCUUUUGGAAGUCUAUGAGCGCCUGGGUGGUGAAGAGGAUAUUGUUAACCCAGCCAACGAGCUCAUUAAAGAAGGACACAUUCAGAAACUUUCAGCAAAGAAUGGCACAGCACAGGAUAGGUAUUUAUUCCUGUUUAACAGCAUGGUGCUGUACUGUGUGCCAAAACUGAGGCUGAUCGGCCAGAAGUUCAGUGUCCGAGAGAAGAUGGAUAUUGCAGGACUGCAGGUCCAAGAAAUUGCCAAGCAAAAUGUGGCUCAUACAUUUUCCAUAACAGGAAAAAAGAGAUCAUUGGAACUACAAGCCAGGACAGAAGAGGAGAAGAGGGAAUGGAUUCAUGUCAUUCAAGCCACAAUAGAAAAGCACAAACAGAACAGUGAGACCUUCAGAGCUUUCAAUAGCUCUUUUUCACAAGAGGAGGAGCAUCCUCCCGAUUCCUCAAUAGCCAGCACCAGCUCAGUCGAAUCAAUGCCAGGAGCAGAUGGAGGUGGUGCAUUAGGAGGGAGUGAUUCCUCUAGGAAAUCUUCCAAAUCCAAGCGAGACAAAGAGAAACAGUCUUGUAAGAGCUGCAGCGAGAGCUUCAACUCCAUCACAAAGAGGCGGCACCAUUGUAAGCAGUGUGGGGCAGUGAUCUGUGCAAAAUGCUCUGAGUUUAAGCCACUUGCAGAUAAUAACCGCCAUAAUCGAGUGUGUAAAGAGUGUUUCCUGCAGCUCCCAGCAAGCCCCUGCAGCCCUGGAGUGGAAGCAGUUGGGGAACAGAAGAAAAGACUAGCUGCAGAGAAGCAAAGCAUCCUUGUGGCUGAAAACAGCCUCUUCAGCAGCUACCUCCAGUUCCUUGAAAAAGGGAAGACUUGGUACAAAAUGUGGGUGACCAUCCCCAAGAGUGAACCUCUUGUUCUGUAUCUGCAAGGAAGCAGCCAGGCAUAGUUCUGUUUUGCAUAACCAGCUCCAUGGAUCUCACAGACCUCUUUAGACCUGCAAAGAAGCAUUUCAGUGCCUGAGAUGUGUAUUUUGGAAUAAUAUUGCCAGCAACAGAAUUAAAGGUCUUGAAACAUAGAGUAAAGCAUGAUUGUAGAAGUUUUGAAAGUCGGGGGAUUAUUGUUAAGAAGAACAAAAAUAAUAGCUGCCUCUUGGGAAGAAGGAGCAAACCAAGCAGAAUCUGGAGCUUUGAAUGCAGUGAAAGCUUCUUCCUCUGCACCCCUGGCCCUCACACCAAAGAAGUGCAGGUAGAAACAUGACUCACAUAUUUAAAAUAGCACGAAAACUGCUCUUUUUGCUCUUUUGUUCCAGGAGAAUGAAUUAAUCCCCUGAGUAUUCACAGUUCAAAUCUUGCAUAAGACUUUAUGCAUGAGAAUUCCCAGCUUAUUUAGGUUUGGGAAUCAUACCAAUUUGAUUUGUCCUCAAAUGUAGUCACAAUUUGUACAACUGUUUGUUGUGCUUAUCUCAGUAAAAUUAUAAGAGUUUCCUUAUAAGCAAAGACCACUUCAAGUGUAAGGAGAAGCAGUUUUAAGAUAAAUUAGUCUUCUCAAGGGCUCCACCUGGACCUUUUGCCCCCACUGGCCUUGUAAAAUGCACUGCUGCUUGCAAAGCUCUGACAUGAACUUACCUGAGUAAGACAUGCAAAGGCUUCCAGAGUAGCUGGAAAAGUAAUCAAUUUAGGAGAAAUAUGAAGGGUAAAACUAGUAUGGCUAGGGCUAGUCUAUUUAUGUAUAUAUCAGAUCAAGCUUGAUCCAAGAGAAAAUUUUGCUUUAUAAAGAAGAGAAAUUUUCCAUUCAUCAUGUAAAUGUGAUUUACUUUUAGAAAAUAAGGGAGUAGCUGAGUUUGAAAUUGAACUCAGGGCUUUUGAGAAGUAUUUUUUUUGCUUGCCUGUUGAUCCUGUUUAGUAGAAGUUUUACCUGGCCCUGCACUAAACUCUGCUUGCCCUUUUUUGAUCCUGAAGAUUACAGGAGUCUCUCAAUGACUUGUGUAAGGUUGGGGUUAGAUCAUGAGUGGAUAAAGAGUGGAGUUUGGGUAGAAAAAAUCAUGGAUUUUCUAAGCCCACUCAGAAGUAGAAGGGGGAAAAUGCCAUUGGUGGGUCAUUGUUGUCCAAAAGGGCUUAUACACUGCAAAGAGCUGUGCGGUGCCAGAGGCAUGUCUAUAUGCAGGGGUGCCUGAAACAGAACUGCCUGUGUGGUGGCACUGAGUAGUCUGUUCCCAAAUCUUAUACCCUGGGUGUUGCAAUGGCUGUAACAAAGUAAUAAAUACAUGCUGCUCUAAUGACCUAAAUAAAUAACCCAUUUGUGUUGUGCUGCUGAGAGUCAGGAUGAGUGCACUGUCCUUUUGAUUGCUGACAUUAUUACACAUCCAUAAAUUUUUAUCUAUCCCUCACUCACUAUCUGAGGAAAAUAAUUGUAAUCAGCCCUAAAGUGAAGCUCUUUCAGCACUGGGUAUUUUGGUUUGAUGAAAUACCAGUAUCAUGCAGUCAUACUAUGUUGCAUGCAGAAAUAUUUUUUUUUAAAAAUACGGUUCAACCAGCCAAAUCCUGUAGGCUCUUAAAACGAAAACAUGAAUUUCAUCUCUCUUAUAAGGCCUGUAAAUCCUACUUACAUGCUCAGUAUAAGGCUGUAAUUCCUCAUGGGUGCGUAAUAGCUGCUGGAUUUACUGGGCUUUAGGUAGGAGGAAAGGGCUCAGCGGCAAAGGACAUCCACAGAUGCUGCUGGUCCCAAAGAGAAGACUGGGUUGGGGGUGGGGUAUUCCUCAAGGCCAA